AUGGAUGUGGAUCGCUCGCUGAUCGACAAAGAUUUUGACCGCUACGUGCUGGCUACCGAUGGGAUUUCCAAACGUGCUGCUUCGUUGUCCGCUCCGACGUUGAUUCCGCUGGACGCAGGUCAAAGCACGCGCAAGGCGCAGUGGGAGUCGCGCGCUCACUACAACGCGCUGAUAGCUGAUCCGUUCCUGUGCAGUAGUUUCGGAGCUAGCGUGGCGUAUUUCGUGGACACAGAGUAUCAGCUUAUGCAGGUGGUGGGCCGCAAGGCAGAUAACGUGGAGAUCGAGAAGCUCUUUAGCUUCCCUAGGUUGACGUCAAGACAGGAAAAUGUCUCCAUCCAGGUGGCCGGCAAAGGGUUGGUCGUGUAUUGCGACGGGCACGGAACACUGCACUUCCUGAAAGCAGAAAACGACCAAAAAGGAGCAAAAUGGGCUUUGGUGCACGAGUGCGCGCCAUGGGGCGUCGUACCGCUUCUGCUACUUGGAGCAUUUUAUGACGAGCAGAGUAAACGCAUCCAUGUUGUGGUAGCAGAACCUCUCUCGGGGAAUGAAGCUGAUGGGGCAUUUCGAAUUGACAAUGAGCGUGUUGAAGUACAACACACGACGAUGGAAAUUGCUGUGGUGUCGGAUUUGCCGGUAUACGUCUCGCUGAGGGGACCUGAGGUGGUGUUACUAGUGCAAGGCUCACACCAAUCGCUCAUGGAGCUUUCGCCGCCACAUAAACGUCCUCAUGGUGAGGAUGUGCUGGACGACGAUGAGAUGGCCAUGCUGCUUUCCAAGCUCCCUAGAGCAGGAAUUGGCUUCCACGGAGAGAUCUCCAAACCUAAGGAACCGAAUGAGCUGGCAUCGAUCGACUUUAAUACGCCGCUAAGUGAACGAUUCCACAAGUCCAGCACCCCAUUCAGCUCAGUCGAUGUGCCUCUCCACGGCGCACCCGACAUCUCGACGCGUUACCGCAGGGAGAGCAUUGGAAGCCAACAUGAUCGAGUUCUGGAGAUACCGACUGCAGAAUCCAUUCUCAGUGGCUUUGAGGAAUGUGACAGUGAAGAUCCGAACGCCAAGGCGACGUUAUUGCUCAUCAACUUGGAGCAGAAGGUUGUACAGCAGCAACUAGAUAUCGACUGCCGGAAUUUCCAGUUCUUGUGUCCGGGUGCUCGUGCGAACAGCUCCAGCGCCUUCAAGCCGACACUUCUUUUCCGGAACGAUGUACACGGCCUGGUUUUCGAGCUGAAUGUAGCAUCGAGUCACCUUUCGCUGCGACACACGGCCACUCUGCCAGCGUUCGGCUUCGUGCAGGCGUCGAAGCAAGAAAAGAAGUUUAUGUCGUUCCACCCGACGGGAUCAUUGGCUUGCAUCGGCGAGUUUGAGCGCCGCGUGUACGUGUACCAGGGGAGGAGCUCGGAAGAGGAGGGCAAGUCACACACGCGCCAACAGCACGUGGUGGAAAUUGGCGACCAGCAGCUUCUGGGGAUGCAGAUCGUAAACGAAGACGCUAUGCUUGUGCUAACUUCGAAUCACGUGUACUCGCUUACACUACCGAUGCAGUGCUGA